GUAAGAGAUUUUUUUUAGAAUGCUCGUGAACUUCUCUUCUCUCCUCCAGCAGGUUGCUGAAACCCAUAGCCAAGAUUUCAAUAAAACUAGCAAUCCGAACAAUCUAAAAGGAAAGGACAAAGCUUGUGACUAGUAUUAUCGUAUACAAGUUCUUAAGUGAGGCAAAGGUUCUAGUAAGGAUAUGUACAAUCGGUAAGGAGCUAUCGGAGCAUCUUUUGGAAAGACAUACAUAUCAUCAGUAUCAAUGUCGAGUUCGGAAGGCAUAAGACAGGCCACCAAAGAAGAGGUUCCUGAGGGAACUGGUAGUGGGAGUAGUAACGAAGUAGAACACGUACCUCAACAUCAGGGAGAACUUGUACAUCAAGGAGUACCCACUCUAGAUCAGGGAACUUUCUUACAAGCUUUAGAGGCUAUACUGGCUCGAUAUCAGCCGGCGGCAGCACCUCCUCUUCCUCCGCCUCCACCUCUUCCUCCAGCUCUGAGAAUAUCGGUUCCGAAAGAAUUAAAAAGCUUAGGAGCUGUAGAAUUUAAAGGCGAAGCAAACGAAGGUCCAGUAGAAGUAGAUAUGUGGUUGAAUGAUGUGAAAAUAAUGUUGGACAGUCUUCACUGUUCCGAUGAUGAAAGAUUAGAGGGAGUAGUUUCAUUAUUACGAGGUCAGGCUCGUAUAUGGUGGACGAACGUGACGACACGUGUUCCUCCAGAUCAGAUCAUAUGGCGGUUUUUCUUAGAAGCAUUUCAGAAGAAGUAUAUUAGAGAGCAAUUUAUUACUCAGAUGAAGCAUGAUUUCUUUAAUCUGAUUCAGGGUGGUAAAUCGGUGUACAAUUAUGAAUGUGAGUUUAAUAAACUUGCUCGAUAUGCCUCAGAGAUGAUUCCUACUGAAAGAGACAUAUGUAAGAAAUUUAUUCGAGGUCUUCGUCCCAGACUCAAGGAACUUCUGUUGGCUGCGAACUUGACCACUUUUCAGGAAGUAGUGAACAAAGCAAAAGAUUUGGAAAUGGCACAAAAUGAGAAUUUUCUGAUAGAGCAGAGACGACAGUCUAAAAGAUCCGGAGCAUCAUCAUCUUUUCAGUCUAAAAGAGGUUGAGGUUCCAGUUAUCGAUAUCAAAAUAAAACUGAAAGUGGUGCUUCUAGUCGUAAAGGAUUUGAGGCAAAAUAAAAAAGCCGACAGUCUCAUAUGACAGUUUUAGGAGCCAGUAGAUCAGCUCGAUCACAGGAUCAAAUAUUACCAUGUCAGUAUUGCGGUAAAAAUCACCCUGGAGUUUGUAGAAUGAAGACUGGAGCUUGUUUCCGUUGUGGAGAUACCAAUCACUUUGUCAGAGAUUGCCCUUUAAUUGGGGAGAGACCAGUGCAGACAGAAAGGUCUGUAGCAGUAUCUCAGAGAGGCAGUAGAGGCAGAGGUAGAGGGAGGGGAUAUUCUGAUACAGCCUCCCAGUCUGACGUUCGUGCUCCAGCGAGAACUUAUAACAUCAAGACUAAUGAUGAUCGUGACGACCCAGAGAUCA